GAGGAAGAAGAAAGUAAGUCAGUGUUUCUGCCGGAACUUCACAGUGUGACACCCGGCGGAUGUAAACAAAGAAGCAUGAGCAGAGUUAGCUUCACUGCUGUGUGGACUGAGCUAUAAAACGGCUGUAUUAUAGUAUGAAUGAGAAAUAUCAGAGCGAGAAAGUAACGAUGUGUUCAGUUGAGUAUCUGAGAGAGUUGAUCAGCGACAGACUAGCUGCUGCUGCUGGAGAAAUAUUCACAGAGUUUGAAAAAACCAUCGUCCAGUACCAGGAGGAGAUCGAUCGUCAGCGCAGACUGCUGGAUGUCAUCUGGAAACCACACAUCCCCUUACAGCCCAUAGAGCUCCCACAGUCGUAUGUCUGUGAGAAUGAGAAGACUGUUGUUGACCAUCAGCCCCAUGACCAGGAGAGAAACUCCAUGGUGGACCAUGAGGACCCAGAGCCUCUACGGAUUAAAGAUCAGCCGGAGGAACUCUGCACCAGUCUGGACCAAUCAAACAAAGAGAUUUCUCAAAUUAAAAUGGAACAGGAAGAAUUGUGCACCAGUCUGGACCAAUCAAACCCCGAGAUUUCUCAAAUGAAAAUGGAACAGGAAGAAUCGUGCACCAGUCUGGACCAAUCGAACCCAGAGAUUUCUCAAAUUAAAAUGGAACAGGAAGAAUCGUGCACCAGUCUGGACCAAUCAAACCCAGAGAUUUCUCAAAUUAAAAUGGAACAGGAAGAAUUGUGCACCAGUCUGGACCAAUUAAACCCAGGGUUACCACAAAUUAAAGUGGAACAGGAUGAACUCUACUCCAUUCAGGAGGAAGAGUUAAAUAGAUUGAAACAGGAGACUGAUACCUUUGAGGUGAUUCCUGCUGAUGAGGAAAGUGACCACAGUGAACCAAAACCAAACAGUGAUCAGCUCCUGUUUCACAUCUCUUGUGUACCUGAGAGCCCGGAUCAGGAAGGAUGCAAGGAUGUAGACUCAGCAUCAACUAGAUGUAUCAAGCAGAAACCGAGACAUCAGAGUAACAGCAGUCACAGUAAUGAUGUAGACAAUGCUCCAUUGUCAGAAAGACAGUGUGAUAAUGACAAGGCAAGAAAAUCUGCAACAUGCGAGGUCUGUGGAAAAGCUUUUAGGUAUAAAUCAAAAUUAAUCAAACAUCACAGAACCCACACAGGUGAGAAGCCGUAUUCUUGUGAAACCUGUGGGAAAAGCUUCAGUCAACGGUCCUAUUUGACUGCCCACAUGAGACGUCACACAGGUGAGAAGCCGUAUUCUUGUGAAACCUGUGGGAAAAGCUUCAGUCAACGGACCCAUUUGACUGCCCACAUGACAUGUCACACAGGUGAGAAGCCAUAUUCUUGUGAAACCUGUGGGAAAAGCUUCAGUCAACGGUCCCAUUUGACUGCCCACAUGAGAUGUCACACAGGUGAGAAGCCAUAUGUUUGUAACACCUGUGGAAAAAGAUUUUCUGGUUCAUCAGCACAUCAUAAGCACAUGGCAGUUCACAAAAUGGGAAAGCCAUAUUCUUGUGGAACCUGUGGAAAAAGCUUUAGUCACCGGACCUCUUUGACUGACCACGUGAGACGUCACACAGGUGAGAAGCCGUUUUCUUGUGGCACAUGUGAAAAAAGCUUUAGUCAACGUUACCAUUUGACUGCCCACAUGAAAUGUCACACAGGUGAGAAGCCAUAUGCUUGUGGAACCUGUGGAAAAAGCUUUAGUCGACGGAACAAUUUGACUGCCCACAUGAGACUUCACACAGGUGAGAAACCGUAUGUUUGUAACACUUGUGGAAAAAGAUUUUCUCAUUCAUCAGCACAUAAUAAGCACAUGGCAGUUCACAAAAUGGAAAAGCCAUAUUCUUGUGGAACCUGUGGAAAAAGCUUCAGUCACCAGCGCUCUGUGACUGUCCACAUGAGAUGUCACACAGGUGAGAAGCCAUAUUCUUGUGGAACUUGUGGAAAAAGCUUCAGUCAACGGGGCUCUUUGACUUACCACUUGAGACAUCACACAGGUGAGAAGCCAUAUUCUUGUGGAACCUGUGGAAAAAGCUUCAACCGUAGUUAUCGAUUAAAAGCCCACAUGAGAAUCCACACAGCUGAGAAGUUGUGAUCCUGAAACAUCUGUGGAAGCAUAAUGUCAGAACUCAGCUUGAAACAACAUGUAAGAAAUGGUACAGGUUAAAAGUAGAUGUUUUAGAUUUAAAGCACCUUUAGUCUGUGCUUCAACAACAAUUGUGAGGAAGUAUGUAAGCAGUCCUUGAUGAUCAGACCAGAUGGAGUCUGGACUGUGGUGGUGGUGGAGCAGGCAGAAGAACCAAACUGAAUGUCUGGAUGGAUAUGGUAUUGGUACAGACUGCUUCAUUUCUGCUAUCAUGACAUCCUUCAUCAGCAGAGCAGUGAUUGGAAAUAUUGUGAAGCUGUUUGGAACAUUUUCACAUCCUGCUGAGAGAACAUGGCUGUUCAGGUGUGAACAUACUGCUGGAAUCCACUCAGCUUGAGUUCUGCCGUCUUUCAAGUAAAAUGAGGAAACGAGAUACAGAGACAUUGUGACAGUAGGACACAACAGAGUGUGUCACUGCAGCAGAGGAGAUCUGGACAUGAAAUAAAGUUGUAAUAAAACAUGUACAGCUCCAUGACUGCUUCAUAAAAUGUUUUGAAUGUAUUUAAACAGACGUACAUUUACAAGUUGUUUAGUAAUGAAUGUAACAUUGAAGAUCCCCAGCAAGAAUAUCUCUGAGUCAGAUAUCAAAGACAUAACCAAUUUAAUUCAAUUCAAUUCAAUUUUGUUUAUAUAGCACCAAUUACAGUGAAAUUGUCUCAAGAUGCUUUACAGAACCCAUAUCCCUGAUCCCCAGAGCAGCCCAAAGGCAACAGUGGCAAAAAACACCCUUUUAACAGGGAAAAAACCUUGAGCAGAACCCGGCUCUUUAUGUGGGGGAACCAUCUGCUGCUUCUGCCCUAGCUUCUCGAAGGAGGCGGUCGCAUUUUUCCUCUCUCCGUCUCUAUCUCUCUUCUCCCCGUACCCUCAUGUUUCUGCUUGCUGCAUUUUUGUCUCGUCUCGUCUGAUUUGGAGUGAUCUAUUGGCACUGGACCUUCAAAACACCGAUCAUGGAAUUGAUUAGCUGGUCUCUCAACGCGAUUGACAAGAUUGACAAAGAACACAGGCUUAGGGGAGCCUACCUGCCCGGAUGGGAGUUUUGCCUCUGGUUAUGUGAUCACCUGGGGAAAGGGGAAGGGGAUCAUGUGCCUGGCACCCCUAUCCAUGGAGGAUGUGGAGGAUAUCUACAUAUUCGGAUUUAUGAUGACAGGUCUGCUGAUAAUUGGCUUGAUUGUGGACCUGAGCUUCUGGAAAAUUAGGAGGACCGCAGAGAGAAACGACGUCCAAACUCUGCUGAGCCAUGCAAUUGAUCGGAUUAAGGCUGCUGGUGACCGGAAUGACGAACUCAAACGUAAGUGUGACUGUUGAUUUGAGUCGGAGAGUGAUGCCAUCAGGGUGAGAAUUGCCACAGCUGAGAUCGAACAAGUUGAGCAACCAGGAGGAAGGUCAAAUUGCUCCUUCCCCCGACUAAACAAAAAAUUAUACUGACAACAUUUCGGUGCCCCUGGAAUAAAACAAACUCCUCUGGAAGUUUUUCAUGGCCAAGAGAUAGCUCUUCUAACCCCCCACCACUCCCAAGGACACCUGUUGACUUCUGGACUUCUGAGUACGUCUCCAUGGCAGCCUGCUGUGUUAUCGCUUCCAUCUGUGAACUGAGAUACCGGAGUUCUGGGAUGGAAGGAGAUUGGCUACACGCAUACACACACACUUGGACUCAUGAACUGAGGACUGAGCUCACAUUGCACACACAUGCCCAUUCCCCCCCUCCAAGGCCGCCUCUGCAAACCUUUCCACUGCGAUGCACAGUGGGUAAGACUUCCGUGCGCAGCGCACCACCCUAUGGCGCAGCAGUUGCAUAGGAGACUGACCGCUGUGAGGAGCCACCCGUCCAUCACCCCUUAUCCUUAUCCCAUCUGACCUUGUCUAACGUCAUGCUUUGACUGUUGCGGGUGUGUUUUUUUUUUAGGAUCCCUUCUCAAAUUGAAUCUCCCAACUUGGAGGCUACAUUUGAUAAUGAACCUUUUUUUCAUUUUACACUCUGCUAUUAUCCCAUACCCUGUUAAAGAUGUUUGUUUUUCUUUCUUUUUCCUCAAGACAGGCGCGCUCCCAACGCUGCUGCAGCCCGAGCUGCCAUUGGCAGGACAGCUCAAAUGAAAUUUCAUUGUAUAUGAAAGUGUGCAAUGACAAUAAAGGUCUGAUUGAUUGAU